GCAAGGAAGGCGUUUCUCAGCCCUCGCUGGCGAUCCCUAUCAUGGGUCUCUCCGAAUUUGGCCGAAUUACAAGCCAUCGUAUCUACAAUCACCGGAAAGGGUUCGUCAUCGUUAAUAGUAAGAUCCUCGCGCACUGCCAUCAGCCGAUCCUACUCGGUGAUAGGGAUGGCUGGAGGAGAGUGGAAGAUUUUCGCGAUGAGGAAGCCUUGAAGGACGAGAUACUGAAGUUGGCUGCACCUCUCAGGGAGCACAUUCCAGUCAUAUUGGUCACGCUGGGAGCCCAUGGAGUCCUGCUCAUAGAUGAGGGUCAAGAACCGAUCCUCUUUCCUCCUUUGCCGAUCUUUUCUCCCAUUAAGAGCGUCUCUGGUGCUGGAGACUGUUUUGCUGGAGGGUUCCUUUCGGGUCAACUGCGGGGUUAUGGCACGAAAAUCAGCUGCAACAUCGGUCUGCAAACUGCACGGUUAUCCUUGUCGUCUUCUUCGGCUGUGCCAGAGGACCUCACAAAUAGUCCUUUGUCCAGAGUACUUCUCUACUACUUUCCCAUCCUCGAUCCAGAGGAGAGUGGGAUAGCCCUUCACCUCAUGUUCCUGGCACAGAGGUUUGUGAGCAGUGCAGUCAAUUUUGGAUAUCUGCACACUCUGGUCAUACUCCAGGACCUUUCCCAGUUCAUCCCAAUAUUCGGGAAUCCAGAUGGUUUUGAGUACGCCUGUCUCAAGAUGACUUCUCUAAGGAAUUCUUCAAUGCAUUCUACCAAGAAGAAAAUUCAAGUCUCAUUUGUGAUCCGCGAUGAAGAGGAGAGAAGACAUCGCUCUGGUGUUAACUCCCUUCAGUUUGAUGCAUCAAGUCAUAGACUAUACACAGCUGGGAGGGAUGGAAUCAUUCGCAUCUGGAUGUGCCGAAAUGCCAAUGACCCAUACUAUGCUUCAAUGGAGCAUCAUACUGAUUGGGUCAAUGAUGUUGUGUUAUGCUGCAAUGGCAGGAACUUGAUCUCAGCUAGUUCAGACACAACAGUGAAGGUGUGGAAUGCACAGCGAGGCUAUUGCAUGUCAACACUGAGAACACACAAGGACUAUGUGAAAGCAUUAGCAUAUGCAAAGGACAAAGAGCAUGUGGCAUCUGCAGGCCUUGAUAAGGCCAUUUUUCUCUGGGACAUCAAUACUCUUACUGCCUUGACUGCACAGAACAAUACUGUUACAACAUCUUCACUGAAUGGCAGUAAGGACUCCAUCUACAGUCUGGCAAUGAAUCCUUCUGGGACACUGGUAGCAUCUGGUUCUACUGAGAGAGUGAUACGUAUUUGGGAUCCACGAACUUGUGCCAAAGUUAUGAAACUGAAAGGUCACACAGACAAUGUGAGGUCCCUUCUCAUCAAUAGGGAUGGAACAAUGAUUCUGUCAGGAAGUUCAGAUGGAACAAUUCGCCUCUGGUCCCUAGGGCAGCAGCAAUGCAUAUCAACUGUUCGUAUUCACAGUGGUGGAGUAUGGGCACUUCAGAGUGAUGACACUUUCAGUAUGGUGAUCUCGGGGGGGAAAGAUCGAUGCAUCUAUGUUUCUGAUCCUCGCACUUCCAUUGAUGGAAAUUCCAGUCGUCUUCUUUGUGAAGAGUCAGCACCUAUUCUCCGAAUGCUUCUCACUCCUGAUCACAAUUCUCUAUGGGUGUCAACUACUGAGUCCCAUGUUAAAGAAUGGGCAUUAGGAAGGUUACUUCGGGAGAACUGGAAUCAUAGUGGUGGGAGUCUUCUUGAGGAACCAUACAUGAUCCAACCAGAGAGGGUCCUAGAAGGAGGUCCUUCAAUCGUUCAAUAUCACAUACUCAAUGAUAAGAGGCAUAUCUUGACAAAGGACACUGAUGGGAAUGUUGCUCUCUAUGAUGUCCUCAAGGCUGUGAAAGUUGAAGACCUUGGGAAAGUUGACUUCCAGUCUGAAAUUGAGAAGCACUUCAUUCAAGUCUACAUACCCAAUUGGAUUAGUGUGGACUUGAAAACAGGAAUGCUGUGUAUCCAUUUGGCCCAAGAUGAGAAUGACUGCUUUUCUGCUUGGGUCUCAGCCCGGGAAGCAGGAUUUCCUAUUGAAAAUGGAGUUGAUCAAAAAAUCAACUAUGGUCUGCUGCUUCUGAAAGCUCUCCUUGAAUAUUGGCCCAAAACUAUGACUGAAGUUGAAGAAGUGGGUCAGGGGGAUGGAGAUAAGACUCUAUCUCAUGGGAAUAAAUUCUUCAAAGUUCCUCUUCACACUCCAGUCAUCAUAAGUGAAGUGGGUGGUAGAACACUGUACCGUCUUUUGGUGCGAGAUGCUGGUGGGGAAACAGAAGGGGUCCUGCUUAGUGACACUGUCCCUCAAUGGAUACUUGAUACAGUUGUGGAAAACAAUCUCCCCAGAUUCAUCAAAAUCCCUUUCUACCUUCUUCCUCAUCCCUCCUCUGGCAUCAAAGUCUUCAAAAAAGACCGGUUAAUAGCAAAUGACUUCAUUCAAGUGAGGAAAGUGAUGGAACAUGUGGUAGAAAAAGUCCUGACGAGUGGUACUGCUGGGACCCCCCAACAGACUGGAGGAGUGACUCCAUCCACCUCCACCAAUGAACGGGAAGAGGACAAAACUGAUUCCAUAUCGUUACCUGAAGAGAAGGUGGAGCUGCUUUGCAAUGAUCAGCAUUAUGACUUUUCACAGAGACUUGAUCCCAAUAUGGACCUGCGCACUGUGAAGCAUUUUAUAUGGAAGAACAUGUCAGGUGAUCUGAUGGCUGUGAAAGGUUCACGUUGGAGCCAAGAGUAUGUGAUAGCGGAGCACAAGGAGCUGCAGGCCAGUUGCCUUGGGAUCGACCGAAAUGGAAUGUUGGCCAUAUUGGCUGGUCGGCGAUGCCUUGCUGCCGUGCCUCUCUUGGAUCCUAAUGAAGUGAGCAAGAAAGUGAGCCGACCUGGGAAAUGGGAUGUCUCAUCAGUUGAAUGGAGCCCAAAUGAGCCCAUCUUUGCCUUAGCAUGCAAUCAGGUAAAGUGGAAUCCUCAGCAAAGCCACAUGCUAGCAUCCAGUCACGAAGGAGACUUACGGAUCUGGGAUUUACGACAGCCUUCUUCUCCUGCCCAAUACAUUGCUGCUCACUUAUCAAAAAUCCAUGGACUGGAUUGGAGUCAGACCUCUUCUCUGAUUGCAACCUGCUCCCAAGACUGCACAGUGAAAUUGUUUGACAUCCAGCAUCCAAAAAGGCCAGAAGCCUGCAUCAAAACCAAUCAUCCUGUGUGGAGGGCUAGAUUUACUCCAUUUGGCCAUGGUCUUGUGACUGUGGUGGUACCCCAGUUGAGGAGAGGAGAUAAUUCCUUACUCCUUUGGCAUCUGAAUGAUCCCCUUGCUCCUGUACAUACCUUCAUGGGUCACACAGAUGUUGUUCUGGACUUUCAUUGGAGGUUAACCUCACCUCCUGGACAGCCUCCUACUCUGGAUGGGCACUAUCAACUUGUGACCUGGUCCAAGGAUAAUACCCUCAGGCUGUGGCAUAUUGAUCGUCACCUGCAACAUCUUCUAAAUCCAGAUGACGAUGUAGAACAUGCUGAUGAAAUGAAGGUCCUGCACCUGUCUGAAUCUGUAGACCUCCCAAAAGUACCAGUGGUAGAGCGGCCAGCAACAAAGACUCUGCAGCAGGAGUUUUGUUUGCUGAAUGUGAAUAGCCCCAUGAUAUGUGUGGAAGACAUGGAUGCUGCAGAACGCAAGUGCACAAUUCAAAGAGCCCUCCCAGACCUACUUGAUCCAGAAGCAACUGGAAUGCAUGAUUCCUUGAAGAAGUUUUAUGCAGAGAUCCUGUAUCGAUGGCAGCUGCUGCCCAUGAGGGCUCGAGUCUUGAAACUGAUCUCCUCUCCUCCGACAGAGCAGCAAUGGACACUGAGGUGCCAUUCAUGCUACAAUGAGGUCCCAGGUGCACAUUGCAACUACUGUCGGCUCCAUCUUCUCAUCUGU